UUGGCGACGGGGUUUUACUUUAAUUCAUCGCAGUUAUAGCACGCAACGACGACAGUUUUUAUUCUGUUCAGCGCAACUAUAUAACAUUUUUGACUGUGUUAAUUACAACCUAAUUAUAAUGUCUAUCUCUCUGGACGAUCUUCCGGUGACUGCAGUUGAGGUUGCCAGACACACACUGCGUGAUCCAGUUUUACAGCAAGUAUCAAAGUUCAUCCGAUUUGGCUGGCCUCCACAUGUUCAUUCAAAUGUUUUAAAACAGUUUUACCAGCGACGCAAAUCCCUAUCCAUCGUUAAUGGAUGCAUAAUGUUUGCUGAUCGUGUUGUGGUUCCAGCUAAUCUUCGUGACCAUGUGCUUCGGCAGCUUCAUAUAUCACAUCCUGGUGUUGGGAGAAUGAAGGCGAUCGCUCGCAGUUAUGUUUACUGGCCCAACAUCGAUGACCAUAUCGAAGACCUCGUUCGCAAGUGUAGUAAAUGUGCUCAAGCAUCAAAGUGUCCACGCAAGACAGAACUAUGUUCCUGGCCACGACCGGACAAACCAUGGUCCCGUGUUCAUGUUGACUUCGCUGGACCGUUCAAUAGUAUGCAUUUCUUAAUAUGUGUCGACGCGUUUUCCAAAUGGCCAGAGAUAUUUCCUAUGCAUUCUGCCACAUCAAUUGCAACAGUGUCCCACCUACGUCAACUAUUCUGUCGUUUUGGUAUGCCUGAUGUUCUGGUGUCCGAUAAUGGAUCGCAGUUCACCUCAUCACUGUUCUCAGAUUUCUGCAAACAGUUUGGCAUCCAGCAUAUUCGUAGCCCCCCGUAUCAUCCCCAAUCGAAUGGACAGGCUGAACGUUUCGUCGACACUUUUAAGCGUGCUUAUGCAAAAGCGAAGGGGGAGGGAACAACAGAAGAAAUUUUGGAUAGAUUCUUGCUGCAUUAUCGUACGACGCCAAAUCCUUCCGCCCCAAAUCAGUUAUCCCCAGCGGAAAUUAUAUUUGGCCGAAAGAUCAGAACUGCCCUCGACUCAAUUAAGCCUAGGCAAGUAAAGCAGGGCUGCAGAAAUACAAAAAUGGAAAACCAAUUCAAUCGCCAUCACGGAGCUAAACGUCGAGUUUUCAAAUUGUAUCAGCAAGUUUAUGUACGAGAUUUUCGCUAUUCACCUCCGAGAUGGAUUCGAGGACAAAUAGUGGGGCAGAAAGGAAGGGUUUUAUACAAAGUGAAUGUAGAAGGACAGUUAUGUGUCAGACACACGAAUCAUAUACGAGAUGCGUCAGAUAGACUUGACAAUGGGAGACGAGACCUCACGUUAGAAGUAUUAGUAGAUACAUUUAAUCUUCCGCAGCCGGAAGCCCGGGACACAGAUCACACUCUAUCCAGUACCAUGCGAAGGUCAACUCGACAAAGAAGAGCUCCGAAACCUUUUCAAAUAGAUCCAAAAAGCAAGUCCUACACUCUUUACGGGGGGAGGUGAUAGGAUCCCACAUAUUUUGGUAUUGACUGUUUAAACUUGCAUAUAUGGUAUGUUAUCAUUCUCACACA